AUGUCACGCCCCAUCUCCGAGUCCUCGACUGCCACUGCGGCGCGCCUCGGCCAUGCGCGCAACCUGGCCGUCAAAACAAACACCGCCGGCCCCGUCACCAAGCCGCCGCCGAACCCAAUCCCUGCCUCCGAUGUCAGGCUGUUUGUGACCAACCUGCGCUUGCUGGACUUUGACCUGCGCAGCGACUGGCCCAACAUCACCGCGCAGACCUUCUCGGCCAAGAAUGCAGACCAGAAGCAGCGCAUCGGCGGCACCGAGUGGGCGCUGUUCCGCCUCUUCGAGAUCUGGGACCCCACCGAGACUGCACAUAAACUGCGCCCCUUCUUCCCUCCCCUUGAGCCGCUCCAGUCCCUGAACCUCCGCGCCGCCCUGUACCGAUGUCUGAACGAGCUGAAGAAGAACGGCCUGCUCGGCCGCGAGUCAGUGCUGCGCAAGACAAUGCUGGACGAGUGCAAGGGCGAGAAAUUCUACGAGAUCAUUGCGCUGUUCUCGGCUGCAGUACUCAAGAAGGUGCUUGCUUCAAAGGGUGGAGAUCAUCCGAAUGCCGCGGUCGCGCGAAAACUAGCAACAGCCUCUCAUCUCUCCGGCGACGCGCAGCGAUCUCUGAUACCACUCGCAAUCGCACACAAGGCUGCACUGGUGAAUGUGCUGCGCCGGAAGGAGGAGAAGAGGGCGAAAUUCAAGGAGUUCGAGGCAACACUAGAUUCGAAAGCCAAUGAGAUCAACAAACGCAUACGGAAGUGUGCGGAAACUCCGAGGGCGAAAAGGCCGGCUGUGCCGCAGAGAGACGCAGAUGCUGUCAAGAGACAACUUGCAUGUAACUGGAUUGGCAACCAGAAGUGGCUUGAGGUCAUACUACACGGCGAUCAGGUCCAAGCCGGAGAUGCAUUCCUCAGCAAUCGAUUCGACAAAGUGUGGCAUAUGGUUGAGCGAGGCAGGAAGCUGGAAGACGCAGCCCCCGAGGCAGGACUGCUGGAGGAUCUGCAGUCGAGGGUUCAGGAACAGCAGACGCGAUUGCAGAAAUGGAAGAACUUUCACGAAGAGUUGCGCCGAGACAGUAAUGAGGAGGCGUCGGCGAAACAGAAAGUGUCGACUACUGCAAAGGAGUUCAAAUUCGACGAUCAUGUUCAACAUCAAUUGCCAGUGGCCCGAGAGAUUGAAUUUGGUGCUGUACAGAAACCAGCGAUGAGAUCGAGCUACGUGGAUAUUCUAUCGGACAUGGAUUCAGAGCUGUCGCGUGUCUCGCAGGCAAAACCUCAACCAGCGCUCGCUGCUCUUCGCCGGCGGCGCAGAUCGUCCUCGAGUGCUCCUCGCUCCCCAAUCCGUACAAGACGACCUUCAAUCUCGAAGAUGGUAGCGAAGGCACCAUCAGUUCCAGCCUGGCAUGCGGAGCCGAAGUCUCUUGUUUGUGAGCCGAAAACGCUCGUCCGGGAGCAGAAGGCUUUGUUUGAGGGACUUUCUGCUAGCAACUCUGUGGCGCCCAUACGGCGACGGUCAACGACGAAGAGGACGCCUAUCGAUUCAGAUGCCGGCGUCGGGCACCAGUUGUCUAAUAUACGAAUGGCGGCACCUGCAGCAUCGGCCAGUCAAUCACCUGUUCGCCAACGUUUCCAACCUCAGCGCGAGCCCCAGCCUAUACCAUCAGCAGCCGCUCUACACAGCCGCGCAGUCUCGGUCCCUACUUUGGAGAUGCCCAGCCUGAACCCAGAGGAUGCGCUUGCUGAUCAAAUCAUCAAUGCUAUCGGCAACGCCACCCCGUCGCCGGUCAAGAAACCUCAGCCGCGCAUGUCAAUGUCGCUAGUAGAACGCACACGGAUGACUCUUUCACGAACGCCGUCAUUCGAGCCCGUACCUGAAUCACCCGAUCCACUUCCUUCAGCACCGCCGACUAUGCUCCCUGCGAGCAGCGAUGAUCAGGUCUCCAACGUCACGACCCUACUGGAACGAACGCGCCUUAGUAUGGCGGCCAUGUCCAACCGGCCCCCGCAAGAGACGGAUAAGAAACGGAAGCGCAAAUCGAGGAGCUCACUGUUCCCCGUCAACCAAUUCGAAACAAUCCGCCACCGCGAGUCUUUUGGUGCGCUGGAAGAAGAAGAGAGCGGCACCAAGACCCCGCAAGAAGACCUGCUCACAGGCGACGUUGACUACGACCGCGUGUUCAGGAGCCGCCCACGCAUUGCUACAAGCCCGAUCUUCAGCCCUGAGAAGUAUCUGAACUUUGACGGGGAGGGAGACGAGAAUGCGUAUGAGGAAGAGAUCACAGGUAUUGAUUUGGGAGACGUUGAUCAGAGCGAUGAUGAGGAUGAGGAUGGCUUUACGCAGAACUUGGCGAACAGUCCAAGUAAGCGACCAGGGCAAUUCAGGUAUUGA